AUGUUCCCUCUGUGUCUCAUCAUUGAAAAGGGUCCAAAAGGGUGGAAAUUGCUGGGGUACCUCCGCCCCAUAAAAAAUUGCCUUUCCGUAAAAAAUUGUUUGUUGCGUGCAACAGUCGAUUCUAGCUACGUUCUUGGCAAGAUUUUUUUCUCGAAUUGCAAGCUUUCAGGUGGAUUCCGACGCAACAUCGGCGGCUUGCCACGGGGUAGUGGAAUGUCUUGCCCUCCAAUGGCAGGUGGUGGAUGA